AUGUCUCUAUCGUUGAAAAAAGAGAACAAAAUUACUAUUUUAGAUAAAAGUUUGAGCCGGGGUAAAUCCGAGGUAAGCAUUAGUGCAUUUGCUUUGCUCUUCUCAGAGAUCGUUCAAUACUGCCACAACAGAGUCAACACCAUCCCUGAACUCCAGCAGAAACUGUCAGACCUUGGCUUCCAUGUUGGGCAGAGAUAUUUGGAUUUGAUUGUUUUGAGAGAAAAGGGACACAAAAGAGAAACUAAACUGGUGAACAUGCUGGUUUUCAUCAAGUCAAACGUUUGGAAGAAUUUGUUUGGAAAAGAAGCUGACAAAUUAGAACAUGCCAACGAUGAUGAAAAGAUUUAUUACAUCAUUGAGAAAGAUCCUCUGGUGAACAGAUUCAUUUCAAAUCCAAGAAGACAGUCCAGUUUGAAUUGUGCAUCAUUCAUGGCGGGCAUCAUAGAAGCCAUACUGACCACCAGCAAUUUUCCUGCCAAAGUUACAGCACACUGGCAUGAAGGAACUGCAUUCAGGAUCAACUUUGAUGAAUCCGUGCUUCUCAGGGACAAGACUGUAGAUGGGAGAGGAUGA